AUGGGUGCGGCGGAGGCCAACACAGCCCUUCAAGCUCCCCCCGAAACGACGUCGGAGAGUGUCGAAGCCUUGCUCGAUGCUGCAAGAUAUGAUGGCAUGGACGAUGUUAAGAGCUUAGAGGCCAGUGGGGUUCCUCUUGAUUCCAAGGAUGAUCAGGGGAGAACAGCUCUUCAUAUGGCUGCAGCUAAUGGACACAAGGAUAUUGUGAAUUAUCUAAUCAGUAAAGGAGUGGAUCUUAAUUCACCAAAUGAGGAAAAGAAUACACCUCUUCAUUGGGCGUGUCUCAAUGGGCAUAUUGAGGUUGUGAAGAAACUAAUCAUGGCUGGCGCUAACGUUAGUGUUUUAAACAGGUGUGUUAUAUUUUACCCGAGCCUCAAGGAAAUUAAGAUGUGCAAUGAGUGUCUUAUAAAACAAAAAUUAGACCUAGUUUCUUAA